CCUCAUUCCUCCACUGAAACCAUCUCCUGUGCCCAUGGGAGGCACACUUCUCUCGAUCAGAGCGGAGGAGAAACACGCACAAAGUUGGGACAGAUCGACAAAAGUGUUGGAAGUUUUUGUUAAUGUACUUUCAUCGGACACAUAAUGAGAGGCUGAAGAAGUAACUUACUUGACUAAGGCUUUUUUUCGUUCGGUGGAUAAUUAAAAACACAAUGGAUCAGGAGGACACACUGGACUUUAAGGCCCUGAGGGCCAAGUUCCAGGACAAAGAACUCCGCCCGAAGCAACCCAGGAUCAAACCUGCUCUCCCAGAGAAACCAACGGUUGCCCUGCCUCCCCACAGCCCCACUCACUACCUCCCUGCAGGAGCACGCCCCUCCCUGCUCUCCUCUAUUAACCACAGCCUGGAAGGGAAGACACAGACAAUCCCCAGAGUGGUCUUCAAGGAUGAGAAGAAGGAGAGCAAAAAGCCUCUCAUCCAGGUUAACUCUAAGGGAAAAGACAAGAGUCAAGGGAAGCUGAAAAAAGAUAAAGACAAGACAAAAGUAAGCGAAGAGAGGCUUGAUGAGGAUUCAUCGGAUCAGAAGCAGAUGAAAGAGAACAGUAAAGACAAGAAGCUCCCAUUGUUGUUCCCAGUAGCACCUAAGGAGAGCACUGCAAAGCUGGUGUCAGCCACGCCUCCACUGAAAGAUACAACAGCAAAGAAGAAGGGCUUCCUGGAUUUCAGGAAGGCAUCAAAAAGAAAUUCACUUGAGGUCACGGCUGAUCCCAUCCUAGACACCUCCAACUCAGACGUUCCUGGACCAGCUCCGCUUAUCCCAGUACCUUCUGACAUUAGUGAUGCACCACCUGAGCCUGAAAUCUAUGUCCCAAAAGCCCUUCUACCUGCGUUUAUUCCUGAUAUCCCAGCUCCUAAAGUCCCAACCCCAGAGAGUGAAACCCCACUUGAGAUAGAAACUCCUGCCCUGCCCAUUUCCAGGCCUGCCAGCCAAAAUGAAAUCAUCCCAAGUCCACCCAGCGCUGUCCCAACCCCUCCACCCAGUCGCGCCAUCUUAGGUGCUCCUCCAGUGGCCUCCACUCCCUCUCCAUCACCUCCUGAGCCUGAGAUUGCAGCUGAGGCUGGUAUAGAGGCUGUAAACAUAUCUGCAGUGGAGAAGCCCCCUCCUCCAGUCAUAGACCCUCCAUCCAUUUCGUCUCCCAAAGCCGAGCGUCCGAUCUCUGCCCUCUCAGUCCUGGAGAGGGCAGAGGACAAGAACCCGGGGAAAAGGAAUCCAGCUGACCAGAGGAUCUUAAAUGCUCUGGAGAAGGCACGUAAGAAGACUACCAGCCCGCUGAAAACCCCUACCACCGCCAUCGCCCCACCUCCAGAAGAGCCUGCCCCUCCUCAGAGUCCCACCCACUCUUUCCUAGAGCUCCCACCCAUUGAUUAUGAGGAUCAGACAGGGAACGCCCUCCCACCGAAACCAGCACAAGUUAACGGCUUUGACCACCUGUUGGAAGGUAUCACUGAGGAGGUUUCCAACCCUGUCCCCAAGCUGUUGGUGGUUCCACCUCCUCCACCCAAGAAGGUCCUCCCGUAUCUGGGUCCUGCUCCAGAGCAGCCAGACAGACCUCCAUCUGUCAAACUGAGUGAAUUCAUCCCUCCUCCUCCUGUGGAAGAGAAUGAGAUCCCUGCUCCUCCUGAGACAUACACCACAGAUGUCCCAGAGUUUGAUGAUGUGGCUUCAGAUGCUCAUUCUCCAGAGCUGCCGGGGUCAGAGUGGGGGAAUGAGGUGUACCCGGGUCUAGAUACCUCAGAUGGACAGAACCUGCCAGACCUUUACAGUAAUGGAAUAACUACUCCAGGAGCUGAAGUCCAUGCAGCACCAGUGUUUGGAGACCAAGAUAAUCAACAACUAGAAUCCUCCUUCUCUAUCUCUCAGGAAUCUCCACCACAGGCAGGGCUCCAAGCUGAUGUUGACAACGAUGUCUACGAGAGUACAGAAAAUAUCUACGAGGACAUCAUCACGUCUGCCACCAAAAAGAAAGGAAAGACUGACGGUGGCAAGAAACGCAAAGGACCACCAAAGAAUCCAUAUGCUCAGGCAGCGCAGGAAACAAAUGAAGAGAAAAGCAAGACGGGCAGGUUUGGCAAGAGCGAGAAGAAAGCCGCUGCAGAAGGGCCGGAUGAGAAAGAGCUGAAGAAGAAAGAGAAGCAGCGCCUGGAAAAGGAGAAGAAGGAGCUGAAGGAGAAACAAGAAAGGGAAAAGAAAGAGCAGAAAGAGAGGGAAAGGAAGGAGAAUGAGAUGAAGAAGAAAUUCAAUAUCACAGGACAGGAGGAUGCCAUGUACAAGGCAAAAGUAACCGUAACGACCAAGGGACGUAAGAACGAUCUGCCUGUCAAGAGCGGUGACAUCAUCAGCAUCAUCCGAACAACCAACAGUCCCAAAGGGAAAUGGCUGGCCAAGGACAGCAGCAACAACUAUGGGUAUGUUGCUGUGGAUCAUGUGGAGCUGGACAUCAGGGAGAUGUUGGAGCUGGGAAAGAAGGCUGCAAUCAACCGCAAGAGCAAUGUUUUCGAGGUGGAGGAUACCAACACAGGGAGCAGGGCCUCAAACCACUAUCCACUAUCAGCAGAAAGCUUCACAGAUGACAGUGAGGAGUGGACCGGAGACGAUGAUGAACCUCUCUCCCCUGCCCCUGACACUGCAGAUCCACUGGCUCCAAUGGGCCACACCAGGACACUCUCAAUGCCAGACAUGGGAAACAAAGACCUUAGCGUAAUCCAUCAGCACAGUCACAGUGACAUCAGCGCAGAAGGCUCCGAUGUGCAAGCAAGACAUGAAGCCCUUCAGAAGUUAGCCACAUUUUUCCAUUCACCCAAACCUGUGGAGCCAGCUGCCAGCAGCACUGAACCAGAGACAAGUCCUGUGCUUGUGAAGGAAGAAGCAGUUCACCCGCCUGAGGCUAGUUCAACUUUUGCUCAAACUGAUAUGCUCAUUUUACCUCCUCCUGACCUGUAUGCUGACUUGACCAUGGAGGGAUAAUCAUAAAACAAG